AUGUGUGAUAUUCGGAGGGUGGAGUUUGUUGUAGCAGCGCGCCGUCUGUUAACCAGGAAGUCCUCAAUAAGACACAUUCAUUUUCCAGGUGCAGAGGAAUGGGCUGGGUAUAUUUCUGCCAUGAAUAAGAGGAAGUCUUGUGUCCACAAUGUUGUAAAACCAUCUAAGACUCCUAGGACGGAUGGUAAAACACAUGUCCAGGAUGAGGAGGAGGUUGAUGAGGAGGAUGAAGAAGUCCAGCAAGAUCACUCACUCUCUGCUUCGAGCGUGGGAGAUAUUGGCGUGAUAGAAAGUAUCACUUUGAGGAACUUUAUGAGUCACCAUUUGCUUGGACCUUUCAAAUUUGGACCAAAUGUAAACUUCAUUGUUGGGAACAAUGGAACUGGGAAAAGUGCUAUUCUGACAGCUCUUAUAGUGGGUCUUGGUGGAAAAGCAACCACAACCAACAGAGGAACAUCUUUGAAGGGCUUUGUGAAAUAUGGAGAGAGUUUUGCAGACAUUAAAGUGAAAUUAAAAAACAGAGGGAACGACCCCUAUAAAGGUGACAUUUAUGGCGACAGCAUCUGCAUUGAGCAUCGGAUCACAAGUGACGGUUGCAGGACUUGUAAAAUCAAGAAUAAAAUUGGCCAUGUCGUUUCCACAAAGAAGGAAGAGUUAACUGCUAUACUGGACCAUUUCGGCAUCCAGGUACUUUUGCAGUGUUGUAUGGCUAACCGUUUUCACACUAUUCCUAUCUUUUUUGUCCUAAAGUUUUUCAUGAAAGCAACUCUUCUGGAGCAAAUGAAAAGAGACUACAUUCACAUCAAGCAGACUAAAGCCUUGACACGCGAACAAGUGGAAAGACAAGAAGAGUGUCUUAAAGAUCUCAGGCAGUUGUUUUUGCAAAAGAAAGAAAGAUAUGAAUGCUUGUCGUCGCUCGACAAUAUGAGACAGACUCUGGAGGACCUGAAAAAGAAGAUGGCAUGGUGUUUGGUGAGAGAGAAUGAGAGGCACGUUGAACAACUGAUCGAACAAAUUGAAAAAGAAGAGUCUGACUGUAAACGGGAAGAAAAGCUGCAACUCUGUCAGAACAAAGUCACGGCUGCUGAAAAGAGAUUGCAGGACAUUCAGAAGAAGCUUUGCACUCUUAGAGAAGAGCAGGAGUGUUUGGCAGAGGAGGGCUGUAAGAUGAAGGAAGAAAUUAAAGUCAAAACGAAAGCACAGAAAAAUCAGGAGGUGGUUUACUUCCGCGCUGAGAAUAAAUUGAAACAAUUAGAAAAGGAGCAAUGCCUUCUUCAGGAGCGAAUUCACAAAAUAAGUAAUGGCAGUGGCAGAAGAAGCCAUGAGACUGAGCAAGCACAGCACCUAAAAAAAAUAUCUGCCUUCAAAAAGCAGCUGGAAAAGCUUGAGAAAGAGUCCAGCGCUCUGAAUCAAGAGGUUAAGGACAAACAACAAGCUCUGCUUAAAGGAAGAGAGGAAUAUGAUAAACUGAGAGAAUAUUUUGAGAAAGCUCGUGCAAGGAAAGUCAUGCAGGAGUCGAGACCCCCGAAGAAUUGCCGUGAGGCCUUCACUGCAGAUGGUGAUCAGGUCUUCAGCCAUCGCUAUUACACACCUGAACAUGAAGUACUGGUCAAAUAUCUUGGUGGAGACCCAGAGGCAGAAAUACGUCUAGUGGAGUCAGAGCUGGAGAACAGCCAGGCUCAGCUUUCACGGUUCCAGCUUCACUUGAGCUCUGUGAAGGAGGACAUUCAGUUCAUGGAGGAGAAGCUGCGUAGUGUCAUCAUGGCCUGCAAAAAGAAUCAGGAAAGUAUAAAUAAGGUUAAAGCUUCCAUCACAGAACUUGAGAACAUUGAAGAGGCGCAGGCUGAAGACAUCAGCUCCCUGGAAGAAGAUGCACAAGAAAAUGAACAGAAGAUCGAAUCGGAGAGGAGAAACGUGAAAGAGGCUCAGGAUGAGUUAAAGGAACAUGAGAGAGUGCUUACAAGUAUUAAUCAGAAAUAUAAAGAUGUGAAAAAUAAAAUGGAGCAACUCUCAGAUGAGACAGAACAACUGAAGGAGGAGCAAGUUAAGGCAGAGGCUGCGUGCAGUAAACUUGAUCAAACCUUGAAGAUCUUGGAGAAGAAACUCGAGGAUCAUCAGGCUAAUAUUCAGGCCAUGAAAGAUGAGUUGUCACUCAGAGAGGAAGAAAUGCAGGAUUGUGAAGCCAAAGCCAAAGAGAUCUGUCCUGUGCGACAGCAGGUAGAUCAGAGUGCCAGAUGUAUCGAUGCCCAAAUCACACGCCUACGACAAAAAAUCAGUACGGAAGAGAGCAGCCAUGGUGACAAGGAACAUGUUAUCAGAGAGUACGCAGAGGCUCACAGUAAUUACAAAAGCAAAUCCAGCCAGCUGAGGGAUCUCAGGAAGUUUAUUGAUCGUCUCGACCACAUCAUGAUUGACCGUCAGGACCGAUACAAAUCAAUGCGACGGUCACUUUCUGUGAGGUGCAAGCUGUACUUCAACAACUUCAUGAUGCAGCUGAACUGCAGUGGCUCUAUGAUGUUUGAUCACAUCAAUGAAUCUCUGUCCAUUUCAGUGAAACCCCCCGGUCAGGAAAAAAACAAUGUCAAUGACAUGCGUUCCCUCUCGGGAGGCGAGCGCUCCUUCUCCACUGUCUGCUUCAUUCUGGCACUCUGGGAAAUUACUGAGUCGCCCUUCCGGUGCCUGGAUGAGUUUGAUGUCUACAUGGACAUGCAUAAUCGCAGCAUUUCAAUGAACAUGCUUGUGGCACUUUCAGAACGUCAGCAUGUGCGACAGUUCAUCUUCAUCACCCCUCAGUCCACCAGCCAUCUGCCUAAAAGUGCCCAUAUUACGAUCCACCAGCUUCAGGAUCCAGAGAGAGAAGCGGAGGAGGAGUGAGAUGUGCGUUAGAUGAAGCAGGCUUUCCCUUCUUACCUGCUGUGAUGUUAUGUGAGCAGUGAUGCAGGUCGAAGGGCUGCAGCAUCAUCAGUGACUGGGUGAAACCCGCAGGACGGACGUGAGUGAAUCACUGGGGUGCACUGAAUAUGACGGCGGUGCCUAAUGAUCCUCAGGAUCCGGUGACUCAUCUGGGUUUAGUGAAGUCAAGAGGAAUCAAGUUUAGUGACGAAUACCGUUCUUGAAUGAUGAAUUACAUGGGAAACACCAUAAAGAUCAUGUGUGUCAAAGAUCAAGUACCACGUUAACAUCAGCACAUUCACUCAUUCAUUCAUGUCAUUUCACAUAACUUUCUGUAUUCUGUCAGUGGAUUCACAUGUUGUUUUGACCUCAUUGCCUUUCAAAAUAUCUUUGC